AUUUCGAACGAGUAUCGAUACGCGACGACGUCGACAACUCGCGGCGUCAACUUUAAAGAGCCGCGCGGAGAAAAGUUCUGGCAACGUGAUCAACGGAAACUCGACGAAUCUCCGAUUAUCGGUGGCAACGCGUCUCGUUUCCGACGGUAUAUUAUUUCUCGGUACGAUUCAAAUGAAUUCGAGAGUUUACGCGACACUUCAUCCAUGCGAUCGUGCAACGGCACGACACGCGUACACGAGUAGAACGAUCGUCUCAGGUUAUGAUGCGUUCGCUCCAGUGAAAUUUUUCAGUCUUCGUUGCAAUAGAAAUUAACCGACACGCUUUUCAUUGCCAUUCUACGGAUCCUUAAACCAUACAGAUAGCUCGUUUCCUUUUCUCGUUGUCAUUGUCAAAAUGACGAACGUUCCGGUGAAAGUUCAAGAGUCUCGAGUUCUACAAAAAUUUGCAAUCUUACUGCUGUCCUCGUGUGUCGUUAUAUUAUUCCUUUAUCUGAAUCAUGUGCAACCGUAUUAUUUCAUUGACGAGGUUUUCCACGUACCUCAAACAUUGCAGUAUUGUGCCGGAAAUUUUACACAGUGGGAUUCGAAAAUUACCACCUUGCCUGGGUUGUACUUGCUCGCAACCCUAAUAUUGUCGCCUCUGAAUAUUUGUACCAUCUUUUACAUGAGAUGCAUCAAUUUACUCGGAACGUUUGCCAAUUUUUAUCUCGCUUAUAAUAUAAUCAAACAUAUUGCAAUAAUUCGUGAAACGAAAAGAUGGGACAAUUGGAAAAACCUGAUGGUGGCUUCUAACGUUAUGCUUUUCCCACCUUUGUUCUUCUGGCAUUUUCUGUACUAUACCGAUGUUGUCUCCGUUAAUGCAGUAUUAUUAAUGCUAUUGCUACAUUUACGUAAAAAGUUUAUAAUGGCAGCCGUUAUAGGUCUGUCGUCUAUAAUAAUUCGGCAAACGAAUAUCGUUUGGGUCGCGUUCGUUGCCUUGGAGCUUUUUCUCAAUUUAUUAGAUCCAAAAGAACACGAUAAAUCAAUGCUAUCGCAAGAGUGUAAUUCGUUUGUCCACUUGAGACUACUGUGGAAAAAGGUAAUGGAAGAAGCGUCUCGCGGAUGGGCUGCGUUUUCCAAAUUUAUUAGUGAAAUUAUUAUACGGUUGCUUCCAUACGCAACCGUAUGUGUAACAUUUCUUGGAUUUAUCUUUUGGAACAAGGGUAUAGUGGUAGGAGAUCGUACAGCUCAUGUUCCGACCAUUCAUAUUCCACAGUUAUUCUAUUUUUCCGCUUUCGUUUCUUGCUUCUUAUGGCCGUAUACGAUAAUUCAUUGGAAAUCAUACUUAAACUUUAUUCGAGCACACUGGAUCGUUCAUAGCUGUCUUUUAGUAGUUUUCGUUCUAAUAGUUCGUUUCGACACUCUCGUUCAUCCGUACAUGUUAGCUGACAAUAGGCAUUACUUAUUUUACUUUUGGAAUAAGUUAAUGGGAAGAUACGAGUUAUUCAAGUAUCUGUUAAUACCUGUUUACUCGUUUACCUUGUACGCUAUGUUUCAUAGAAUGGGACAUUUAAAGUUUGCAACGCGGAUUAAUUAUAUUUUCGUGGUAUCCGUGGUUCUUAUUCCUCAGCUGCUGAUAGAACCACGCUAUUUCAUUACGCCGUACAUUCUGUAUCGCUUGUUACUCGAAGAACCUAGUGGCUGGCAAAUUAUUAUGGAAACCGUAACUACGUUAGCAGUGAAUUUUGUACAAUUCUAUAUUUUUGUUAGCAAGACAUUUUAUUGGAACGACGAAAUUCAUCCUCAAAGGAUAUCAUGGUGAAAGAAAACUCGAUGCUACGUAUGAAAUAUAUUGUCUAAUUUGCAUACUAACGUGUCACAAGAAUACUCUACCCUUCCAUUUUUUUUUCGUCUCUCGUGUCUGUGGUAAAAGCGAACAAUUUUCAGAUAUGUUAUUUAAUGUAGAAUAUCACAACAUCAUUUAUUACUUUUGUUACAUUUCUCUAUGGAGGAACAGUAAUUAACUAAUCAACCGUGAAUUGUCGUUCACACGCACGAUAGGUCUCUCUUAUCGAAUACUUUUUCCCUCUAAUCUUCCGAUUUUCGGUUCCAUAAAAAAAGCCACGACUCAUCGCAUAGCCGAGACGUGUCGCGAACGAAACAACGAUACUCGCGUACAAGUACAGCUGUGGAGACUGUACCAAGACUGUCUGCCGCGAUACUCGAAUAGCAUAGACGUUGGCGUUUUUAAAGGUAUCCUGCUCAAAAGACUUGCCCUACUCUCGGUUUCCAUUGUGGAAAGGAAACCAGGAAACCAGGAAACCAGGAAACCAGGAGCUUAAGUACGACGCCCCAUUACCUUUCUCGUCUGUGACCCGCGUCUCGCUUCGGAAAUCUAUUAAAAAACCGUUGUCUUUCUGCUUUCAGUCUUAUAUACGAAUUUGUCGGUCAGAUUCAAAGACACGCGCGUGCAUUACGCUUUUGUCCCCGAUUACGGUUACAAGUGUAUCGUUACCGGCUUCAUUUUCGGACGUACAGUCGAUGG